GUUGUGAUUAUCAAGUUAUGUCAAUUAAUAUCCUUCUAGUUGGUGGUCGACUUGUAGCAGAGAGCUCACCCGUCUUAAUUUCCCAACUGACAAAUUUGAUAGCCUCGUUUUUUCUGCUUUAAUUAUUCUAUUAGGUUUCAGUUGUUUUUAGACACCGAUAUAUUUUUUGAAUUUUGGUUUUUUCCCCCUUCUGAAAACACUUCCGUAGACCAAUGGACCUGUGUGUGAAGAGGAGAUCGUACGACAUCGAUAGCCUUAUAGGAGCGGGGCGUUCGGACUGCAGGGCCAACGAAGGGAAGGCCGAAGACACAGAGGUACCUCAGAAUUUCAUAUCAAACACGUAUUCCCAGUCCCCGGAUGUAACAGUAAAUGGAAGUGAAGACACGACUGAUGUGAGCGACAUAAAAUACGAAAAACCCUCAAGCAGUGACGACGACACAACUAAAGAAGGAGACCACAUGUCAAGAAGAGUACAAAUAAAUGGUUCUCCUAUUGACUUCCGGUCCGCCGCGGAGCUUUAUGGUGACAGGGACCUGGAGGAUUAUGGGAAACGGAAACAGCGUCGGUACAGGACAACGUUCACUAGCUUUCAGCUAGAGGAAUUAGAAAGGGCGUUUCAGAAAACACAUUACCCGGAUGUUUUUAUGAGAGAAGAACUGGCAAUGAGAAUAGAUCUCACAGAGGCCAGGGUUCAGGUUUGGUUCCAAAAUCGCAGAGCAAAGUGGAGAAAGAAGGAGAAGGUUGGUCCUCAAUGUCACCCGUACAGUCCCUAUAUGGGAUAUCCAACCCCAGGCAUAGCUAUAGGACCCCGCCCAAUCGUCCCAUCUCCUCAAAGCUACACCGAUCUUCUAUUAAAAGCCUAUCACACUCAGAUGCAAAGUAGAAAUACACGCACAUUUGGACAGUUGCCUCAUGUUUCUAGUUUGUACGGAACACAGCAGUUGAUGUCGCCGGAUCUGUACAGUUUGGCCAUGCGUGGACUGAUGUACCCACCCAACUUAGUAAAGCUGUCGCCCCCUACGCCGGAUAUUUCAUUCCAGAAUCUUUUGGCAGAACUUAGCGUCAAAUCAAAGGCAAGUUCGGAGCGUUUGUCGUUUUCACCAGUUUUAGAGAACGAUAGAAACUCCAUAAUAGGGAAUCUGAGACAAAAGUGUGUCCGAGAGUCGGCUGACCGCCCUGAGGACAUAACUCGACCCUUGACCCCUUGAUGUAAGAGGUACAAGAUAAGACGGCAGUGCAAUAGUUUUCAAAUCAUUCUUUUAUCAUUGUUUUGAAAUAGUGCAUAUGAUUUUGAUUUACAUGUAAUAUGUUGUGCACAACAUGGGGUGUCGUAUUUGUUAUUUAUUAAAUAAAAUGAAAUUGGUAAAAUACCGGUAAAUGUUACUGACGUAAAUAUGAAAUAACUUUUUAUUACUGUUAAAAAUGUUGGAUUACUUUCCGAAUGUAUUCUCUCUCUCUCUCUCUCUCUCUCUCUCUCUUGUAUUACAUGUACUAGUUUCUAUUUAAGUACCAGUUGUUAUAAAAUGUUUGGCUCAUCCAUUGUUGAAAUGAAUAAAAUGAAAAUCAUGAAUAGUCAGCUUGAAUGCAUGUCGUCACCUCGUAGCGGAUCUUGUGCAGAGAAUAAUGAGAUUAUAAAACCCGAGCGGUCACUCUACACAUUUUCCCACCGGAUAAAUUUACGUCUCAAAAUUCAUUCAUUAUUUAUCAUAGGACAUAAAUUCAAAUUUAUUAAAUUGAUUUUAAUGGAAAUGAUUGUGAUAAAUUUGAUGCAGAGCCACUCCGUAUCUUGAACUGGUAACUUCCGGACUCCCAUAUGUGUCGUAAACAUCGGCCCGGACUAAUGGCAGGUGCCCGCGCUAAUUAAGGUAAAACUGGCCUUAUCACGGCCUUUUAUUCGCUGUCAGUGGACACCAUAUACUUUGUUCACUUAACAAAAUUUGAUUAAUUAUUAAUUGAAUUGAUUUUUCAUUACCUGAAAAAUUCGUGGUCACACCUGGCACUUGUCGAAUAUUAAAUUGUACAUUAUUUCAUAUGAAAAUAAACUUUUAUUCUCAUGAACGCCAGGGGGGAAAAAACCCGAUGACCACAUUGUCAGAAGCAAUAUAUCUACUCUGUGAUAUUGCAAAUGAUGUCUUGCAUUCAAUUUUACAGAUGCCCUAAUUCAUCCACUUACAAGUAAUAAUCACUGGGAAGUAUCGGAAAACAAUUGCUCAUUAAUUGAUAAAUUAACAGAGAAUUCCGCAGGCCACCGGAGGAUAUCCCGUCACAAGGCAGGUGUUCUCAGAAAGUGAAGAAUUUCUUCAUGUCGUAAUGAGCUAUUAAGAAAUAAUUGAAGACAAAUUUUCCAAUGUUUCAGCAUCACGAUUUCCGCCAUCUUCUACGUUCUCUUCAAUUAAGAAAUUAUAUUGAAUAAAAAAGCGGAUAUUAGGCUGUAAUUAUACCCUUGAGUGACGCGUGACUCUUAGGAUCAUCGGUGAAAACGACAAGGAUUUCUUUUUAGACGAUUAAUCUUAAGAGAAUUAACCGAAUUAUAAAUUUAGGUACUUAUAAUACUGUCAUAUCAUUAGAUCAUACAUUUUUUAAAACCGUUACUGCCCUUUUCUGUUCAACUUUGUAUUUGUUUAAAUCUUGUCUGUCUUCUUAAUAAGUAACAAUUUAUUUAUUAAUUUUUUCUCUCUCAUUAUAUAUAUAUAUAUAUAUAUAUAUACUUGUUUUUGUGUUUCUUCCACUUUCACUCAGACCUUGAUGUAGGGAGAGGGCUAAAAUAGGCUGUGCCUGCUGCCCAAUCCCUUUCACUUUGUGAAUAAAAUAUUGUUAAUAUCAUAUUGAUACUGUUCUUCUCCUGUUAUUUGUGAAAAGAUGUUUAUGACUUGUAUACAUGUAUUUGUAUAUCAAAUUCCUUCGAUUUCAACAUUGUCAAAGUGGAAUUUUUUUGCUGGUUUGGAAACACCGAAAAUAAAAUCUAUAUGCACGAUUGGCGCAAAAGCUGAGCUGUGUACAUACAUGUAUCAACCACGCAUAUAUAUAGUAAGAAGGAUGACCGAAACGUUAUCUUAACAUAAUUUCCUACAAAAAUUAACUCUACUUUCACACCCCUUAAACAUUUCAGAAAUUGCCCUUCUACUUAUCAUCUCCUAACGAAUCACAUACAACCCACCUACAUGUGGGACAGCAUGUUCUCCUAACGAUUGAAUUACCAUCUAAUCACACGCAUGGUACAGCAUACACGUAUCUUUAAGGUGGAAUGAUAAACCUGGUGAUUUCUCAUAUAUUUAUAAAAGCAUCGGUGAUAAUCCCAGACCACAUAUAUUUGUCGUUUGUUUUUCACAAUUUUUUAUUUAUUUUUAAAGAAAAUUGAAUUUCAUCAAUUUUCAAUUGCAUACUCCAGAACUUCUCAACGAUGUUUGAAAUAAAAUACAA